AUGGCUCCGCCUAUUAGCCCCGGUGCCUCAGUCAGCCACCAGAUUCAGUCUUCUCCCAGACGCUCUAUCGCUUCAAUCAAAGUUAUCAAACGCGGCUUUCCUCCCAUCGUCCCAAUCAUCAUCCCUCCAAACAAAUACAGCCCCACAAGCCCUAUCACAGAAUGGUUCAAACUCGACCGUCUUCCCGAUGAGAUGCUGGAAGAAGUGUCGAAGACCCUCUCAGUCACAGAGCUUAAUGCACUCCGCCUGACAAGCCGCCACAUGUACCGUAUCAGCCUCAGGGCAUACGCACGCACAGCCUUCCACACAAUCUCAACAGACUUCAGUGAGCGAUCUCUGGCUCGCAUCAAUGCCAUUAUCGAAGACGAUAUCUUCCGUCCUCAGAUUCGCCAGAUUGCAGUUCGGUGGACGGAGAUUGACCGCCAAACAGACAAAGCCUUGGUAGAGGCAUUUUGGAUGGCUUUUAACCGCUUUGAGAAUUGCCAGAUGUCGGACGCUUGUCAUUUUUUUCUUAUGCUGCGGACUCACGUCUGA